AUGCCAUUUGGAUUGACUAAUGCUCCAGCAGCCUUCAUGGGACUGAUGAAUAGGGUAUUCCAUGAUAUGUUGGAUCAGUAUGUCAUAGUGUUCAUAGAUGCUAUUCUGAUUUACUCCAAAAGUAAAGAAGAUCAUGCAAAUCACUUGAGGUCUGUGUUGCAAAGGUUGAGGGAGAAGCAGUUGGAUGCUAAAUUUAGCAAGUGUGAAUUCUGGUCAUCACAAGUGAAUUUCUUGGGACAUAUUGUAUCUGCAAGAGGCAUAGAGGUGGAUCCUGGAAAGGUUAAAGCAGUGCUAGAUUGGGAGUCUCCAAAGAAUGUCAGUGAGAUUCGAAGUUUUCUAGGUUUGGCAGGUUACUAUAGAAGAUUUAUUGAAAAUUGUGCUUGGAUUUCUGCACCUAUGACUCAGUUGACUAGAAAAGGAGUCAAGUUUGAAUGGACAGAAGAAAGUGAGAAUAGUUUCCAAGAGUUGAAGAAUCGACUGGUAACAGCUCCAGUCCUUACUAUUCCAGAUGGUACCUUAGGUAUGGUAGUAUACAGUGAUGCUUCCAAACAAGGGAAAGCUAAUGUAGUAGCUGAUGCAUUGAACCGAAAGCAUAAGACUACUACACUUGCUGCUCUCACUACCAAUCAGAUGUUGAUAGAAGAAGCAAGAAAGUUUGAUUUGGAAAUGGUGAAGGCAGUGAGACAGAGACCCCAUGGACUGUUACAGCCUCUUCCAGUGCCAGAAUGGAAGUGGUAA